AUGCAAAAUACCUCUCUAGGGUUCCUCAUGCCAUUUGGAGCUCCGCUCUCAGGUGGUGGUGGUGUUGGCACCUGGACAGUGAGCGUGCCUUCCUGCUCGUUCUGUGGUAAUGGUCCUCCUAAAGAGAGGAUGACAUGUCGAGGUUGCAAAAGGAUGCUCGAGUUUAUAAUAAGCCGUCCGCCGGCGACAGUAGUGACCUGUCAGGCGUGUAAGGUCCUCACACCAGUGGAGAGUGGGCCCUGUAGUGGAGAGGUCACCGGUGAUGGGCAAGAUGGCACUAAAAGGUCCAUCUUAUCAGCCGAGGAUGCGGCAACUGCGGCAAGAUCACGACUAUCGUUUAUAACGGAAAUGUGUCUCAAGCUGAACCAGCCCUUCGUUGAUGACGCCUUCCCUCCCGGUCCACUUUCCUUGUUCAAGGAUCCUCCUCACUCACAGCCGCCGACCACAGUGAGCAAUAUUCACAACAGAUGGGACAAAGUUGCAGCACUGCCGUGGUUGAGGCCUGGCCCAGGGUACACCCUCUUCGACCCUACUACUGGUCCUGUCCCUGAAGACGUCCUACAGGGAGCCCUCGGAGAUUGCUGGAUGCUGUCAGCGUUGGCGGCCCUCUGUCAGCAACGGCCAGAGCUCGUCAAAGAUCUUUUCCCGUACCAGGAUACCACUGAGAGGUCCACCGUGGGAGUCUACCUAGUCCGCCUCUGUGAUUCCAAUAGUGCAUGGCGGUUGGUGGUUGUGGAUGACCACUUCCUAUCCACCACCCCUGGGCACCGAGUUUUUGCGGGCAGGAGCUCUCGAGUGCUAUGGGUGUCUCUCCUCGAGAAGGCUUAUGCCAAGCUCAGCGGCUCCUACGAAGCUAUCGAAGCAGGGACUGCAUCAGAAGGCCUGACCAUGCUCACCGGGUGGCCAUGUACGGUCUACCGACUGCAAGCUGACCAGCAGGGCAGCACCAAUGGUGGGAUCAUCCAGGAAGACGAUGACGUGUUGUGGGGCUCUCUGGUCAGCCAUGACGGGGUACACAUUAUGUGUGCGAGCUGUGGGUUUGUCGAUGGUGUCAGUAAGGAAGAGUACGAGGCUAUGGGGUUAUUCAGCGAGCACUGCUACUCCAUACUCAAUGUUGUGGCUCUCGACGGCCUGCGGUUGCUCAAGCUCAGGAAUCCCUGGGGGUCACGAGUAUGGGGAGGUCCUUAUGGCCCUACCUCACCAGAAUGGACACCUGAACUUCAGAGGGGCUUGCAUUCCUUGACACAUGGCCCGUUGGCAGGCCGAGGGACGUUUUGGAUCUCUCUAACGGACUUCCGGCGAUACUUUUCCUCUGUGACGGUCUGCCUUUACGAGAAGUCAUGGUCAGAGGCCCGGACUCCUACGAUGCUUAUGCCUCGGGCCGAAUCUUCAGGAGUACUCGAACGACAGUUCAGCUGGACACUUGGCUGUAUUCCCACACACAGGGAGAGACCAACGAUUGCCAAACCAGUGAUUGUUCGAGAGCUCUGGGCUGGUUUUGCUCUGGAGAGGACUGCCUUGGCGUCUCAUAUAGCAGCAACUGGCCACUGUGAAGCGAACAAUGGUUUUUAUCUCUAUACCACCUAUGACGCUGGAUAUUCUAUUUACGUGGUCAACAUGUCCAAGUAA